AUGCAGAGCAAAAGCUUCGAGGAAUUCCUUGAAGCUCCGGUGGAAGAGAUGCGAAACCGAUCGACCCGGACGGCGUCUUUCCCCAGGAUCGGGCGGAACCAGAUGAGUUUCGACUUGGGUCUGGACGAGAGGGACUUCGAGGACGAGGACAAGGUGGAGGCCUUCGUCGAAGGCAUUCGCGAGGCCUUCCCCCUGGUCCUCAUCGUGGAGGAUCUGGAGGAGUCCCUCGUGUUGCUCCGACAUCGGCUCUGUUGCUCCCUCGAGGACGUCGUGCACUUCUCGAGAAACGUGCGAUCGGAGAGGAAACCCCUAAAACCUGACGAACGGAGAAAACUGGCGGAACUGAACGCGGCCGACGAGGCACUGUACGAAGCCUUCUCGACAGACCUGCGACGAAAGGUGCUGGCGUUCGGCGAAGGACGCAUGGCGGACGAGAAGCUCGCCCUCCGCUGCCUCUCGGAGGCCUGGGCCCGCGAGUGCCGGGUCCGCUCGGUGAGCCAGGGCGAGAUCCCCCCUGCAGUCAGGCUCUGGAAGAACUCGGCGAACCUGGUCGCGCCCAGGCACGAGUGGAGUCGCGAGGCGUGCUCCCUCAUGGCCUUCAAUUCCGUUGCUUUUCUCAAGACGCUCCGGGCGCGGCAGCUGGAGAGGACUCUGCCUCUCAUGGUCCUUUACUGA